AUCAGUGGGAGGAGCCGGGUCUGACCAGUACCGGUUGAGAUGGCUGAAGGGCUGAGGCACAUAUUUCUGCGGCCAGUCAGCGAGCAGAGAGUGACAGUUUAUGGUUAACCAAUCAACGGAUGAGUCGAGUUGAUGGACGGGAGCUUCAAACUAAUCGACGGGAACGGGGAUUGAAUGACAGCAGCCGAUAUCCAAUCUUCUGGGGAAACCGGAGACUGACAGUGGUUCCGAGCCAAUCAAGCAGCAGAGGGGGCUCAGGGUUAUGCCAACUGCUGCUCCAUCCUCCUGACCACCCUUCAGCAUGGAGUUCCCUGACCACAGUAAGCACUUGCUGCAGAGCCUGCGAGAGCAGCGACACCAGGGCUUCCUCUGCGACUGCACCAUCAUGGUGGGCAACACCCAGUUCCUAGCACACCGGGCCGUGCUGGCCUCCUGCAGCACCUUCUUCCACAUGUUCUACAAGGAGCGGCUGGACAAGCGGGACCUGGUCUGCAUCAACAAUGAGAUUGUCACAGCACCAGCCUUCGGGCUGCUGUUGGAGUUCAUGUACGAGGGCAUGCUGGCCUUCAACAACACUCCAGUGGAGGAUGUGCUGGCUGCUGCAAGCUACCUGCACAUGAAUGAUAUUGUCAAGGUCUGCAAGAAGAAGCUGCAGGCGCGGGCACUGGCAGAGGCUGACAGCACUAAGAAGGAGGAGGACUCCCCAGCCAGCUCUGAGUUCCUGCCCAGCACCUCCAAGUACCAGCUGCAGAGCCCUGAGGUCCCGCCACCACCUCUGCAUCUGUGUGAAGCAGGAAAGAACACGAAGGAGGAGUGGAAGAAUAACCCCUUGGAGAAAGCAGGCCCCCAGCAGCCUCCAGCACCAACUGCAGACAUGGCAGAUACUACCCAGCCAGGUAUGGAGGGUGACUCCCCCCGUGGCCCCGUCUUGGGUAGGCCUCUCCCCCCAGCCACUGCAGACCUGUCCCUGUCCAGCCCCAGCAGCUCCACCGAAACCAUCUCCCACAACUACUUUCCCCCAGGCAAUGUGGUGGAGGCACCAUCCAGCCUGGAAACCAUCCCUGAAAGCUUAGCUGUGGAGCCACGGGUGGGCAACUUAGAAGGCUUCUACCCCAAGGAGCUGAACAGGGGCCCCAUCAAAGUGAAGGUGGAAGCCAUUGUGAUCUCUGAUGAGGAGCCGGACACAGUGGAGCAGCUGGAGAGGCGGAGCAUGGAAAUGAGGAUGGAGAGCAUCUUCCAGAGGCCCACAGUGGAGGUAGGGCCAGCUGGGGGCUGCAACCGCCACCCCGAUGGCUUUGAGGAGCCCAGUGGCAUGGAGGAGGUGUCCUCAGAGGGCGGCUUCCUUCCACAGGAGCAUCUCCCCUACCAUAUGAUCCCAGUGCCGGGUGGACAGGGCUACUCCAACAUGGUGACACCACCCCUGCAUGAGCAGAUGUACCUGCCAGAGUACGAGGCACACCCCAACUUCGGUAUCUUCACUGAGGACGUCCCCACCUGCAAGACAUGUGGCAAGACCUUCUCCUGCUCCUACACGCUGCGGCGCCAUGCCACUGUGCACACACGCGAGCGCCCCUAUGAGUGCCGCUACUGCAUGCGCAGCUACACCCAGUCUGGGGACCUGUACAGGCACAUCCGGAAGGCCCACAAUGAAGACCUGACAGCCAAGCGCUGUAAACAGGACGUGGAGAACCCCUCGUAGUGAACCCACAUCUGCCCCACCCAGGGAUAUAAGACAUGCUGGACGCUGCUAAGCAGUACAGGGGAAGCCUUUGGAUUCUCUCCUGUAGAGAUGGGUUGGGGGUGUGGUGAGGCCCCCCCAAAUGCUAGCAGGGGAUUUUGAACUCUGUUCAGGAGACACAGGGACCAUAGACACAGGGACCUAACUCCAAACUAGCAGCUGCCCUGGCUCAUGCCCUUGAUCAAUCAUCUUCCUGCCUAAGCCACAUGUACCACCUCCAUGCCUCCUGGAAGGAGUCACUGUCAUUUCUUAUACAGGGUAGACCUGGGCACUGGCCUUUCCCCCUUGGACUGUUGCCAGCUUUGUAAAUAGUUUGGAAAUAGCUGCAUUGAUCAAAAUAAUUUAAAUUCUAA